AUGUAUCGAUUUUUUAAUUACUGUAUAAAGCUGAAAUACGGUGAAGACGGAUUUCGGGGUUACUAUCGGAGAAUCACACGGACCAGGAUUACCUCUAAAGAUAGCGAAGAGAUUAAUACCAGGCCCUCCUAUACUCUUAACGGAGAUCAAGUCGGAGUAUAUAAAGAAAUUCCUCGGAACUUCAUCGCCUUCGAAAGCUAUUCGUUAAAGGCGGUCGAUAAUAGAUAG